UUUCGGUUUUGGAGGUAAAGUUGUUCGGAUAACAAAUCGAAAUGAACUCAGAGACUGUGAUCUAGUGUUACAAUCAGUGCCAUUGAUCAGUGUCAUUGAUCAGUGCCAUUCACAAUGAAUAUCAAUUGUUCGAUUUGUGCAGAACUAUUUCGCGGACCUGAUGCAGACAAUUUACAUGUUACACGAUGCGGUCACGUCUUUCACAACGAAUGCUUGGCCAAGUGGCUCGAAAGAAAAAAUACAUGCCCUGAGUGUCGCAGUAAGACCACAACGGCUACGGUAUUUCGUUUAUUUGUAAAUAUUGCCGAUAGUUCGUAUGCCGAGAAUGACGAAGCUCCGAAUGAUUUAGUUGGAUUACAAAAUGAAAAUGACAAUUUAAAAUUUCGGAUUAUUGAAAAAGAUGGUGCGAUCAAAUCAAAAGAAGAAACGCUCAAUCGACUGCAGAAAGAAAAUAAAAAACUUACCACUGGACAAAUUCAGUCGCGUUCUGUGAUCGCUCAUCUAGAGCAAAAAGUCGAACAAAUAAAUAUACUCAAUAACACACAACUCGAUCAGAUCAAAGCACUUAAGUCACGAUUAAGUGAAAUCGAUCAAUUGAAAGAGAAGCUAAAGCAGGCCAAUGAUAAGAAUCGAACGGCAGAGUUGGUGCAACACUUGAUCAUGGGUUCUCAACAAGAAACUGAAGAACUACUAAGAGAAGGUCGAACGAUAACGGAACUGGCCACAAUGGUUACUACUUUGAAAAGAGAAUUACGAAAUUGUAAUACCAAACGCGCUCAAGUACGAUCUAAUGCUGAGGAAUUGGCCAAGCAAUUGAAAUUGUGCAAAGAUGAAAAGUUAAAAUUGGAGGAAAAAUGCUCGAUUUUGGAAAGUAAAGUUUUUCAACUCGAAAGCAAUAGUGAAAACAGAAAUGAUACAGUGGAUCGGUUGAAUGGCAGUGAAUUGGUCAAUGAGAAUCAGUCACCAACUGAACAGCAGCCAGCUAAAAGGAAGUUUGGCGAACAUCUUUCAUCGUUUCCUAGAAAGGUGGUCAAACUUGAAACCAGCCGCACUGUGUCACCAUCAAUGUGUGUCAAAGCGAGUAGUAUUGCAGGUCUAUCACCACUUUUGAAAAGAUCAAAAUCGGCUGAUUUACAUAAGCUAUCGCCAGCUGCAGAUCAAAAAAGCGAAACAUUCUCCAUUAUGAAAAAACCUCGACUCAUUCAAAAUCAAAGUAAAAAGUCUGAACUUCGACCAAUGAGACCAAAUAAAGUGCCAACGUUGUCGACAAUUACCGAUAAUCAGUCACAGAGUGUUUUCAAACCGACGUCAUCCAGUAGUCUAAGUAGUAAAUUGUCAACUUUAGAUAAUCGAUUUCGUUUGGGUUCAUUUUCAAAGCAAAACUAAUAAUAAACCGCACCUAAAUGUAAACAAUUUUGAUAACGUUAAAUAUUUAAAUAUCUAGUUUUAAAAUGACGCAGUUUGUUUAAUACAAACAAAAUUAGAAUACUAUAGAACCGGCUGUUUGCUUUUUGUAUAUUUAAAUUGUAAUAAUUGUACCUAUAUAUUUCGAUUGAUAUUUCAACAUUAAAAUAUAACGAACAAUGAAUAAACGCUUGAUUUAUUAAUUAA